GAGGGCCAGUAUAGUGAGGUUAACUCGGCAAAGCCACCCCUGCCACCUUUCAGCUCCCUGAGACAACAUUUACCGUUUGCUGCCAGUGGGUAUGAUUCCUCUCAUAGAGGUAGCGGGCAUGAGACAUACCAGCAGCAGAAGCAGCUACAUGUGCCUAGCAUAUAUCUACAGGACAACAGUUCACAACAUUUUCAUCCACAUUCAUCCGCUGCCGACUUUUCGCUGCAUACUUUAGCAGGAGGUUCACAAAGUUACUCUCAGUCAUCUCAUGCUGGCAAUUUCCAGCCUGCUGAAUUUCAUCAUAGUUCAAAACAAAGUCCACAUUUCCAUGUGACAGAUCAGUCUCAGUUGCUCAACAGUUUACAGCAGCCUCCCAUUCCAGACAUUUCACUGAGCCUCCCUUUUUCUACAGGUCAUGAACACAUCUUUGGAAGCUCCCAGUAUCUCGGAGGAUCCAAGAGCUUUUCAAAUGUAGGUCUCUUUUCAAAUAAUAACCCACCACUGAUUCCUCUAAGCCAGAUCGAGUCAUUUUUGUCAGAGACUGAACAAAACUCCCUCUCAGAUUUCAAUACUAUGUCACAGACAGUCAAUGAUAAUGACAUCAUACCAUGGCCAACUCCAUUUAAUUCAGAGCUAGUGGAAUCAUCACAUCAGCUAACAUCGUACAGUGGUCUUUCAUCCUUAAUGUCUAUGGCUUCUGGAACUUGGGAGAACACACAGAGCACUUAUCUGACUUCAGAUCCACCCAGCAGUUCAAGCAGAGUAACCACAUUUAGUAAAAACCAGUGUGUCCCUGAAAGCAACUACAAUUUCCCCCAGUCCACAUCAUCAUUGUCAGGCUGUAGUUCAUCCAACUACCAAAUGUCUAGCAGCCCGUACCCAGGAAACAGCCACUUAACAAAAUCAGGCAGCAUGAUAAACAACAGUGACUGUCCAUAUGCAGAAUUCAUUAGAAGUGAUGGCGGUUAUGAAUCAAAGAAUGAGAUGUUUCAUAUGCAGCCUCAAAGUAACCAGGGAGGUCCUCGAAACAAAGCUUAUAGUUCAGCAUUGAAUACAUCUCAGGAAACUGAUGUUGUAACAAAUAAGAAUGUAUCAGUUCUGAAGGGAAACACCAAAGGUAGAAGGAAGAAGAAACAGGCAAUCAACAUUCUUGACACUGAAGUGAAAACUGUUACAAAAAAGAGAAAAGCAAGGGCAUCUAAAAAAGCAGGGUUGAAUCCCAAACCUGAGGCUUCAGUAACUGAUGAUGAUAAUGAUUCAGCACCAUUCUGUUUAUCCCCAACUUUUAUAGCUAGCCUCUCUUCCAAAAGAGCUGCAGAUUCCCAUCUUCCAGCUAUGCAAAAUGAUCACUAUGUUAGUCAUCACGAGGACAUAUUUCAGAGAAGUCAUUCAAUUGAGAAUACAGGAAGUAUAGGAUAUCAGGUGGCAGAAAAUAUCCCUGUUUAUACUGCUGCUGCUCAUAAUAUAGAAACCUUAUCCCAGAGGGAAAACUGUCUACAGAAACCUAGUUCUCUUCAAAACACUGGACAGUUAUUCAGAAGGAAGGAUUUUUCCCAAUCUUUGGGCUCUUGUGUAACCACAGCUCCAGUGUCCACCACUAAUGGUGUACCCUAUACAUUGAGUUAUAACCCAACCACAUCCAACAUUAAUUGCAUGCCCCAGAUGGUGGGUUCCUAUCCGGGCACAGUUCCAGUUUCCAGGACUAAUGUUGAACCUCAUAGCUUGGAUUCUUAUCAGAGAACUGUACCAUCAUCACUAGCUAGUGAAUUUUCACAGACAUUUAAUUCCCAGACAUCUUAUGCAUCUUUCUGUGCCACUCCAUCCACACUGGCUCAUGCUGCAGCUCAAAGAAAUAAUAACAAGCAGGAUUAUGAACUUCAAUUUCAGCCACAUUAUGCCAUGUAUACCUCUGAUAUUAAGCCACAACCAAAAUCCAGCAAAAAUCAAUGUAAUGAAUCACUAAAAGUAAACAUCGAAGAGGAUAGAAGUUCAUCACCAUUUCAGCUGUCACCAGGAUUCAUUUCUAGUCUAUCCUCCAAAAGAGCUGAAGAACAUUCUAUUGAGAAUUUGUUAGUGAAAGCAAGCUCAGCAGUGGAAACUACACAGGGCAUUUCCAAUCAGCCCAUACCAGGGUUGAGCCACAGCAGCAACUAUCAUUUCUCAGGGCAGCCAUUACAGUCUUCUGUAUCGUCAUCCACUGACAAUAUGUUUAUUACUUAUGCUCAGAGCAAGUUACAGCCAUCUAUACUUCCAGCAUCAUUUGUCAGGCAGGCAACCUCUCCUCCAAUAACACACUUACAGACAAGGUCUGACUUACUGUCACCUGAAAACUUUUAUUACCACAAAUUUUCAGGAUAUGUAGGAAACAACCUUAACCCUCUGCCUACACAGACAGUAUCCCCAAAGCCAUAUGUUUCACCUCCUGGGUUCUCUAAAGGAUCUAAGUUUCAGUAUCCAACUCCUCCUAUGGAAGAUGAUGAAGGGAGACUGCAGUCCCCAGGAUCUUGUUUGUCUCCAGGAUUUCUUGACAGCUUGUCCCGGAAUGUGGCUUCAAGUGAUCCAUCCCACCGACUAACGCCUGUUCAUGAUGACAAUGUUUCUUCUACUCUUCCGACACCCCCCAACAGUGCUGGUCCCAAGCAGUUUUCUGUGCCUGAUAUGACUUUGUCAAAAGAAGAGCAGACCAACAGAAUUUUGGAAAUUAUUGCUAGGGAAAGAGAAAAAAUGUUCAUCACGUCUCAAAUCUCAGAUGAACCAAAAAAGCGGAAAAGGAAAAGAAAAUCUAGGGAAGUUGGCAGUACAGGUAAUGAUUCCAAAGAUUCCAGUAAUCAGUUACCUGGACAAAUGGAACAACUCAUUAUGCCAUUUCACACUGAAGGGUCAUUGCAUAAUAAAGCAGAUACCAUGCCACUGAUGUAUCCAUUCCAUAAUAACAAGCCAGCUGACCAAGAAAUGAUGUGGUCGGAAGGCUAUGCUGACAGUUUUGAUUCAGAACCCCCAGAUCACAAAUUUGAAUGGGAGAACUCUUUUGGUACUCUUGGGAAUAUCUACAGCAGAAAUGAAUCAUUGCAGAGCCAGUCAGAUGAACAUGUUGCAGAAUACCAUAAAACUGGUGCGCCAGCAAAGGUUAAUAGUAGUGCAUUGGAUAUGGAUAAUAAACAUAAAUUGGAGGAAAAUAGACAUGAAAGAAGCAAAGAAGGUGUCACAUCUUUAAAUCAGUCUCUACCAUCAAAGUGUAACCUCAUGGAUAGACCAACAACACUUGGCAAAGAACCCUGUAAGAGCGAUCCUUAUGCUUUUGAAGACUCAGAACAGGCUGACCUUGAUCCUUCUCUGUUAAAGAGUGUGAGAUCUGUUGUGAAUUUGCCGUAUACAGAUCAGAUUGAACCACAUUAUGUGAACAGUAUUUCACGUAUGCCUGUCAUAGUAGGCAGCAAACAGUCUGACACCAUGUUUUCUGAUGUGCCUUUUGAAAUUCAGAAAAAACUAUUUCAUAGGUCACCAGGUCAGCCAAAGCAUCCUGUAUCUUACCAUGCUCCAAAUUCAAGACAUACAUUACCAGCAGAAAAUAUGCAGACUACAGAUCCAUUGCCAAGUGCCAAUCAUCAGACAGAGAAUGAAAACAAGAAUCACACUAAAGGAAAUCAGUUUCACCUUGGCACAAAGAUGAUUAAAAAUGAACCAUCAAAUGUGUUCUAUAACUGUGAAGAUUCAUUGUCACAGAUUCAUCAGCCUGUUUUCAACAUCAAGCAGCAAGUAGACAGCCAAGAAAAGCCUGAUUUAGCCAGCAGCACUGCAUCCUCAUUACCAACCCAGCAAAAGCUGAAGAUGCGUAAGAACAGUACUUUCCAUCAUGCUUCACAAAAACCAUCAUCAAGUUCCAAAGCUACUGUCAAUACCCAAGUCACAAAAAUGGAUUAUAUCCAGGAGUAUACAAAACCAUUUCCUGAUGAUAUGCUUGGAUCAAAUAGUCACAUGUCAGAUACACUGAUAAAGAGAAUGAAAGUAUCAGUUGGCACUGUCAAAAAGAAAAGGGGCCGUCCUCCAAAAACAGAGUGCUCCAGUCUUUCUUUGCCAGUUACAUCUAAGAUGCCUAAGCUCAAGCAGUACGAAAAGAAAGAGGCAGCUCAGACCCCUAACAAUUUCUUGUACAAGAUUAAUGGGAUGGAAGUGAAACCAGGUGAUCUCAGUGUCAAUCAGAACCUUGUUGACCGACUUGCUAAUAAUCUCAUGGAGGUAGCAGACUGCAGAUGCCUGGGCCCUGAGCAUAUUCCAUCAGAAGCCACAGAAGGCCCUUACUAUACACAGUUGGGUGCUGCCAAAGAUAUUCCAGGAGUGAGGAAAGUUUUAGAGCAGAGGACUGGCAUAAGUGGUUCUGCCAUUCGAAUCGAAAAGGUUAUCUAUACUGGCAAGGAAGGAAAGAGUAAGGAAGGUUGUCCAAUAGCAAAAUGGAUUAUUCGUCGAUCUGGGCCUGAAGAAAAGUACUUGUGCAUUGUGAGGAAACGGCCAGGGCAUUUCUGUGAUACAGCUGUCAUCAUCAUGGUGAUUGUGGCUUGGGAGGGAGUGGAGUGCCAGCAGGCGGACACACUGUAUGACUUUCUCAUCAGCACACUGCCACAAAAUGGUCUGGAGACUGACAGAAGAUGUGGGCUAAACGAGAAGAAAACAUGUGCCUGCCAGGGUGUGGAUUUACUGAGACGUGGGGCCUCUUUUUCUUUUGGCUGCUCUUGGAGCAUGUACUAUAAUGGAUGCAAGUUUGCCCGCAGUCAGAUGGCUCGAAAAUUUAAGCUCAAGGAUCCUGAAUUUGAAGAGGAACUGGAGGAUAAGUUGCAGAAACUGGCUUCAGAUGUUGCCCCUUUGUACAGCCAGUUAGCACCAGAUGCAUUUCGUAAUCAGGUUCAAUUUGAAAGCAUCGCUGAAGACUGUAGACUGGGGAGUCAGCCUGGACGACCAUUUUCUGGAGUGACUGCAGUUGUGGAUUUCUGCUGUCAUAGCCACAGAGAUUGUCACAACAUGAACAAUGGAAGUACUGUG